CGCACACAGCCCAGGCGCGCUCGCUGCACUUCGCCGGCUCCUCACCAGCUCCGCAGAUGGCAGCUCCCGGCGCCGGUUUUUGGUCCUUCGGGUCUGAAGAUGGAGCCGCAGACCCGGACAACCCCGGUCCAGCAAAAGCUUGGUGUCAGGCUGCCCAGAAGUUUACAGGAGGCAUUUCAACCAAACUAUGUGCUUUGCUGUACGGAGAUGGGGAUAAACCGAUGGAAACGGGGGCUAAUAAGGAGGACCCGAGCUCGACAGCCAGAAAGGCCACUUGCGCCUGCAAUAAGAAGCCCUGCGGUUGCCAGAAAGAGGACAUAAAUUAUGCCUUUUUACGCUCCUCAGAUCUUCUGCCUGCCUCUGACGGAGAAGUAGCCACUUUGUCUUUCCUACAAGAUAUCAUGGACAUUUUGCUCCAGUAUCUGGUGACAAAUUUUGAUAGGUCAACCAAAGUUAUCGAUUUCCAUUAUCCAAACGAGCUCCUUCAGGAAUAUAAUUGGGAAUUGGCAGAUCAGCCCCAGACUUUGGAAGAAAUUCUGCUGAAUUGCAGGACCGCGCUAAAAUAUGCCAUUAAAACAGGGCAUCCCAGAUAUUUCAAUCAGCUUUCAACUGGAUUGGAUAUGGUUGGGUUAGCUGCAGACUGGCUAACUUCUACAGCAAACACCAAUAUGUUCACCUAUGAAAUUGCUCCAGUGUUUGUGCUUUUGGAAUACGUCACAUUGAGGAAAAUGAGAGAAAUCAUUGGAUGGACAGGGGGUGCUGGUGACGGGAUAUUUUCACCUGGUGGUGCCAUAUCUAACAUGUAUGCUAUGUUGAUUGCACGUUUCAAGAUGUUCCCAGAAGUUAAGGAGAAAGGAAUGGCAGCUAUUCCGCGACUGGUUGCCUUCACAUCAGAGCAUAGUCAUUUUUCUGUGAAGAAAGGAGCAGCAGCCUUAGGAAUUGGUACUGACAGUGUGAUUUUGAUCAGGUGCGAUGAAAGAGGGAAAAUGAUCCCAUCCGAUCUCGAAAGGAGAAUUGUUGAGGCAAAGCAAAAGGGAUUUGUUCCAUUCCUGGUAAGCGCCACAGCAGGAACUACAGUAUAUGGGGCAUUUGAUCCACUUAUAGCUAUUGCAGAUAUCUGCAAGAAGUACAAGAUCUGGAUGCAUGUUGAUGGAGCAUGGGGCGGUGGGCUGUUGAUGUCAAGGAAACAUAAAUGGAAAUUGAAUGGUGUUGAAAGGGCCAAUUCCGUGACUUGGAAUCCGCACAAGAUGAUGGGGGUCCCACUUCAAUGCUCUGCUCUGCUUGUUCGAGAAGAGGGGCUGAUGCAAAGCUGCAAUCAAAUGCAUGCUUCCUACCUCUUUCAACAAGAUAAGCACUACGACCUGUCGUAUGACACUGGAGACAAGGCCUUGCAGUGCGGGCGCCAUGUUGAUGUCUUCAAACUAUGGCUGAUGUGGAGGGCAAAGGGUACUGUAGGAUUUGAAGCACAUAUUGACAAAUGCUUGGAACUUGGAGAAUACCUGUAUAACAAAAUAAAGAACAGAGAAGGAUUUGAAAUGGUGUUUGAUGGAAAGCCUCAGCACACGAAUGUUUGCUUCUGGUACUUGCCUCCCAGUUUACGGAAUAUGGAGGAUAAUGAAGAAAGACUGAACCGCCUUUCGAAGGUGGCCCCGGUCAUUAAAGCCCGAAUGAUGGAGUGCGGCACCACUAUGGUCAGCUAUCAGCCCCUGGGAGACAAGGUCAACUUCUUUCGCAUGGUUAUCUCCAACCCAGCAGCCGCUCACCAAGACAUCGAUUUUCUGAUUGAGGAAAUAGAACGCCUUGGGCAGGAUUUAUAAUCACGUGGUCGGCCAGACCCUUCUGAAACGUCUCUAGGUAGACAAUUAAGUUGUCACAAACUGUGGUGAAUGUAUUUGUAGUUUGUUCCAAAGUGAAUCUAUUUCUAUAUUGUGGCGUCAAAGUAGAGUACAAUUUAAAAUCGAGAACAUUGCUCCUCUUUAAAAGUCUUUCUUUUCCCCCUUGAGUUUGUGAAUACCUCUUUUUCCGAUAAGGUAAUAUACAAAAGGCUGCAUUCACACAAAUCAGAAAUAAAGGUAUGCUCACAGUCCCACCCUCCAAAUUUUAGUACAGUUAGUAAAAAUGAUAGUUUAUGUCAAAAGUAGCCAAAUAGAACAGUGCUAAAUUUGCUCCCAAAUGGUCACAGAAUAAAAUGAGGGGCAGUGUAAAGCAUAAAAUAAAAAUAUGCUUUAAAAAGAUGAAAUUUUGCCUUUUUUUCUUAGUCUAUUAGAACAGAAUUUCUAAUUUACAUGCAACAUUUCAGAUGUAUUUAAAUACAUAUAAUUUUACAAAAGAAAUAUAUAAAUAUAUAUAUAUUAAAAAGAUCCUAUUUUGUAAAAUAUAGAUUUUUUUAUUUUAUAUGGGUUAUAAAGACUGCAGGGGCAAAUACUAAUAAUAGAAAUGAUCCUUUAUUUUCCUUCAGAAGAGGUGCAUCAAAUAUUUAACAAUGCAUAUAUUGAGACAAAAGCCCACAUCGAUUCUUAAAAUGAAAUGUCUCCCAGUUCUACAUGUCACUUUAUCUUCAAUAUCUCCAGAGUUGAGUACUGCAAAACCUCAAGAGAUUACUGCAGCUCUUAAAC